CGUUCCCACCCGGGCCCAGGUUAGUGGCGCCGUACAGCUCCAGUCAGAGCGGCCGCCAGUAUGGAUGAUGCUGCGGUGCCCGGGGACAAAGUGGAGGGCACUCAUCAGGAGGGCACCCCGUUUAACCCCUUCCUGCACGAGUUUCACCCCGAGGGGUUCUGGCAGAAAUUGAGGUUCUAUGUCUUGGGUCCAAUACUAUUCCCCUUGCGUUUCCUUCUGGCGUCCAUCUUCCUUUUUCUGAUGUGGCCAAUUGCUGCUCUUCGCGUAGCAGGGAUGACAGAGGAAGAGCUCAGCCGACCAAUACGACACAGACGCACCAUUCUACAUCACCUGAUUUACCUUCUAAGCCGCACUAUGUUCUUCAUGUGUGGUUUCCACUGGAUCACCAUCCGUGGACGCCGCGCCUCCAGCUCUGAGGCCCCACUUCUGGUUGUGGCCCCUCACUCCACCUUCUUUGAUCCCAUUGUUACUGUGGUUUGUGACCUCCCAUCCGUUGUGUCCAGAGUGGAGAAUCUCAGCAUUCCCGUCAUUGGAGCUCUCCUUCGCUUCAAUCAAUCUAUUAUGGUAUCCCGUCAUGACCCAGCAUCUCGGAAGAAAGUGGUGGAGGAGGUGAAGAGACGAGCAACCUCCAAUGGAGAGUGGCCUCAGGUUUUGUUCUUUCCAGAGGGCACAAAUGGUAAUGGAGAAGUUUUGUUAAAAUUUAAACCUGGUGCCUUUGUGGCUGGCGUGCCCGUACAGCCAGUGUUGAUGAGAUAUCCAAACAGAUUGCCGGCGACAGUUUGGACUUGGAAAGGGAAUGGCGUGCUAAAGGUCCUCUGGCUGACAAUGUCUCAGUUUUACAUCAACCUGGAGAUUGAGUUUCUGCCAGUUUACAAUCCUAGUCCUGAAGAGAAAGCAGACCCUGUGUUGUAUGCCAACAAUAUACAGAAAUUUAUGGCAAAGGCACUAGGGAAACCAGCUACUGAGUUUGAGCUGAUAGGAGAUACCCCUGUUUCACCUGUGGGACACCUGAAGGUUCCACUGGACCCCAAAAUCUGGGAAAUAGGAAAAAUUCUGAAGAAGGCUGGGUUCUCAUUUGACAGUGUACAGGGGCUAAUUGAUCUCUGCUUGGAGGGAGUUUGUUCACGUGUGGGAUUGGAUGAGCUAGCAGAGAAGCUGGGUCUCACACAGACUGAUGUCAUUUCCCGGGUCUUCAGUUAUUUCCACAAGGAUGCUAGUGGAAUGAUAGAUUUCCGAGAAGUCUCAUUAGUCCUAGCAGCUCAGGAUGCUACUCGCUCUGCAGAGGAGUUGGCAAAGCUUGCUUUUGAUCUCUUUUCUACCUGUGAUGCUGACGGCUGCUUUUUACUUUCUGCUGAUGGCUUUUCAUCCAUUCUUCGUUCACUGGUGGGAUCACCUCCUGCAGAAAGCGGCAAAGUAUAUUCAGAGCUGUGCCCACAUGAGACUAGCGGCCUUACCCGAGAUGGAUUCAUGAAAUUUGCUAUAAGCCAUCCUUGUUAUCGCCAUCUCUUCCUGUUCUUUCUGCGCCCCCCAGCAUCCGGACGUAGGAAGUCAUCACGUCUCCAGCAGAAUGGGCACUGUGCCAGGAAGAAUAAUCCUGAGGACGGGCCCAAGUCAGACUGACAAACUAAGGGUUGGGGGUUAUAUUGGGGGUUGGGGAGGUGGGGAGGGUUUUACUCCAAAGGUUUCUUGGCAGGGGUUGGGGUUUUAUGAUAAAUUUGUGGUUGUUGUAAGCAUGCCCAGUUGCUCUUUCAUCACAAGAUGGAGGACAUGCAAUAAGAUGUGC